AUGAUAAAAAUUUUAAGGGCUGCUGAUUUUUUUGGAGCUCCUUUUGUCUAACAAAUAGAUCCAAAACAAUCAAUAUAUAAAAGUGCUUUUGGAGGAUUAAUUACUUUGCUUAUAAGUUCAGCCAGUUUUGCAUAUGCCAUUUGGGUGCUUUUCAAAUGGCAAAACAAUUAACUAAGCCCAAAGAUUUCUAAUUCUGUGUAUGUUUCUGAUUUUUCUUUGCUGGAUCUGGAUUAUGAUGUUAUUAAAUUGUAUUAUUGGAAAAUUGAAGAAAAUUACCUUGAUCCUUUUGAAUCCAAAAUACUAUUACCAUUAGUUAUGUAUACAACAAAUUUUAGCUUCUCUGAACUUUAAGUUAUAAAUAGGUCAAAUGAAACCUCUGCUGACGGGACGUAAUAUUAUUUACCAAAAAUGAGCUUAGCGUUUUAAAAUAUUAGUGGUGUAAUUUAUACCACAUCUGAAAUGUACAUAUAAAUUGUGAAAUGUUAAUAAAUUUAUUUAAAAGAGAAUGAAAAAUGUGCAUCUGAUGAAUUAAUCGAACAAUUUUUUUCUUAACCCUUGAAUACGAUUGUUUUGUAAGUACAAUAAAAAUAAUUGAACUCACUAGAUGGUAGUGUUUAAAAUAGUUUAUAAGAGUUUUACAUAUAGAUUGAAAAAUAAAAUUGUUACACUCUAAAUACUUUUCUUUAAAGCAACUUUUAUGAACUUUAAAAUUCCUUCUUAUUUGGAUAUCCAACUUACCUUGAAUAUAUUAAUGGAGCAUUUAUAUAAUCUUAAACAAAUUCAGCCGAAUUUUGUAGACUAGCUUAUGGAAAUGAUAUUCUAGGUUUAAUUUACAUAGUGAUGAAGGGAAAUUAAAUAAAAACUAUUUUUGAAUAUCCGCACGCUGGUGAUUUGAUUAGCUAAUAUUGGUUCAAUUGUUUCUGUUCUCUUUAUGAUCAAACAUGUAAUUAUCAUUUUUAACCAAUACUAUCUUAAUAAAAAGAUAAUAAAAAAAUUAAUCCAAUUUUAUUAUCCUGA